AUGGCCAGUGGACCCAGCAGCCCCUCAGCCAGGAAUGAUCUGUUGGAGGGACCGGCGUUGGCCCAGCGGACAGAGAGGCUGCGGAAAGCUCGAGACAGCAUGAAGCCUCUUCUUGAGAAUACAUAUUCCUUUGCAAACAAUUGUGAGACGGUUUUCCGGGAGUUCCGUGUCGCGUGCGUCCACCUACGCAAAGAGCGCGAGGCCCUCGAUUCUCUGGAGGAGAAGAAUGUUGCCUGGAGAUAUCUUUGCAAGCUUUGCAAAGAAAGGCCCUUCCUGCACGAUCGAGUGCAUGAAGUGCUGCAGAUUUUGUUGAUGAGCGACGCCUGGAUGAAAGCCUUCGCAGAGGACCCCGAAUGCGAAGUCGAAGACCUGCCGCCAGAUAUGCAAAGUGAGUUCAAGCGGCGGGCCGAAGAGGCCCGCGACCCUGCCGAAGCUGGAAAAGGCUAUCCAGCGCCUCGGAAAGUGUCGGACCAGGCUUUCAAGGCCAGCGGUACAAUUGCCGUGGUGGUCCAGCGCUGCAACCGAGCGAAACUGCAAACCGAUGAGGAGACAGACACCUGGGCUGAGAUUGGCCAUGGUCUCUUUGUAGCGGUGUCCUUCAACAAGGGGGCGACUGAAGACAAGGUUGCCCCUGCGGCGAGGUUUCUUCUCACAGCGAAGCUCUCGCAAGCGAAGGAUUCGAAAGAGGCCGAGUCUGUGGCGGCCAUUUCACAGCGAGGUGACUACCAGGGCAUCCUCGUGCUGCCGCAGGCUUCGCUUGUGUCCGAGCUGAAGGACUCCGAUUUCAAGUACUCGCAGCAACUGCAAAAAAGUGAUGCCCAUCGACUAUAUGAAGCGUUUGUGCAGGCGCUGCGCAAAUCUGCCGCCGAGCUUGCGGGUGGCGGCAAGGCAGCAGAGAUUGUUGCAGGUGACUUCAAUGCCCCACAGAUUAUGGAGGUCGCUUCCAACGGUCCCUUCAUGCAUUCCUUCUCGGUGUGA